AUGAAUUUGCAAAAUCAAACAGCGGUUCAAUCAGAGUCUUUUGACGCGUCCAAUAUUAACAAUAUUAAAGCUUCAAAUGUAUUCGUAUCUCCACAUUUCAGGACAAGGGCAAAUGCAGCUCGCUUGUCAUUCAAAGAAUUUCAAAAGAAAGCAGUUGAUAAUCCACCAAAUUUAUCCGUUGCCCAAAAUCCUAUCCUUUGCGAUUCACACACUCCAACUUUUGCAAAUUUAUUUUUCAAGAAAUUUGGAAACAUAUCAAAGGAAAUUACAAAUGAGUCAACUACACUUAGUGAAGAAAGGAUUCCAGAAAAUGAAAAUUUAAAAAAGGUUACCUUAAAUAAAGCAAAGUCCUUAUAUAAUGAAAAAACAGCGGAACCUCUUAAUCAGGAGCCUUCAAUUCAAGAAAAGACUUCAGAUAAAGAAACUUGCGCUGAUUCUAAUAAUACCUCACUUCAAUCUCCAGAGCUGUCCUCACAGCGAACAUCAUCUCUGACCGAGAAUAAAAUUUCGGCUCACGGUUUACAUUCUGACACUUACUUGGAUCAGAAAACAACUUCAUUCUUAUCAAAUAAUGGUUACUUUCAAACGGAUAAUAAUGAUGAGGUACUAAUAGAAGAAGAUACGAUUGAGAUAUCCAAAGAAAACGACAAAGUUAACGUUGAAGGAUCACUUUCUUUUAAUAAAAAUAAUUCCGAUCAUUUUCUUAUUUCUCAAACUCCUUCACGUUGUAACUCUGAAUUAAAGGAUAAUUUAAAUGAUGAUAAUGAGUUAAAUCUAUUAAUUGAAACCAUUCAAAGAUGGAAAGAUGAAGUGGUUAGAAGGGACUGCCUUAUUGGAGAUUUGUCGAUGAUUAAACAGCAACAAAUUUAUACCGAACGUAAUCGAGAACGAAUCAAUAAUAUCAAGUUAAAAUAUUCAUUGUUUAGUAACUUACUCUAUAAUAUGGGCAAUAAUAUGAAGGAAAUAUGUAAUCAUAAAGAAAGAAUGGAAGAAGAGUUUGAAUCAAUGAGAUCAGAAUUUAGUAAGCUUACUACUAAAUACAAGUCAACCUUAGAUAAUAAUGCUGCAAUGACUCAAGCACAACGAGAUCAACUAGUACAAAUUACUGAAUUCAGCUCAAAACUUAUUGAAGCAAAUGCACAGCUCACGGACAUUAGAACUCGGUUACUUCAAGAAAUACAAGAGACAGAUAGUAAAUCCUCAAAUUAUUCAUCCGAACUUGAUGGUAUUUUAAACCAAUUAUUAAGUGAGGUUGAGAAUAAAGAAUUUAAAGAUAAUCGAAAUUUGAUAAAAGAAGACGAAGAAAAAAUUGCUCCUCUGUCAAUCAAUAAAAUUGAACGGAAAAUCGAGUCUAUUCGAUCUCAAGUUACUCAAUUGAAGUUCAUGAUUAAGGAGAAAGAUGAACGUAUAGCUCAGUUAGAUGUAGCUGAAAAGGAAAGGGAUGACCUUAAAGUAGAAAUUAUUCAAACAAAGGAAUUAAUGAAAACGGAUCGCGAUUCACUCAAGCAAGAAAUAGAAAUCAUGCGUGCAAAACACGAAACUGAUCUUAAGCGAGUUGAAUCAGAAUUUUGUAGGGACCGUUAUAAAUUACAAAAUGAUUUUCACAAAGAACGUUCUCAGAUUGAGGCUGAAUGGCGCGAAGAACGCCUUCGAUUAGAAUCAGAACGUCAUGAAGAACGUAAUCAUCGUUUACGUUUAGAAGACGAAUAUCGGAAUGAAAGGUCAGAACGGUUUAGGAUUGAAACUGAAUUAAGAAGCUCUGAACGAAAAGUAGAUGAAAUGUCCAAGACGUGCGAUAAAGAUAAUUUAAGGAUUGUACAAUUAGAAUCCCAAUUAAUUAAAAUGGAUUGUUGUCAACCAGAUAGUUCAACUGUCGCUGUCGGAACUGCUGAUAUACAAGAUUUAGAUCUUCAAAUUCAACAUAAUAAGAUUAUUUCCGAACUUAAUAAAAACAACCUUGAUAAUAAAAGGAAGAUCGAAAACUUGAUAGAUGAGUUAGAAACCUGGAAGUCCAAGUCCAGUUCACUUGAGUCACAGCUGGUUUCAUUGAACUCAAUGUAUAAUAAAUUACAUGAGCACAAUAAAUCACUUGUUGAGAUUAGCGACAGUUAUCUGCAGAACAAAGAAGCGGUGGAUCAAGCACUUAAUCGCACUACAAAUUAUUAUCAAGAUAUAACUAAAAAAAUUACUGCAGAACAUGAAAAUGAAAUUCGAAAGCGUGAUUGCAAAAUUCGUGAAAUUGAAACGAAAGAAGCCUCUUUAUUAGAAGAAAUCCAAAUGUUAAAGUCCCAAAUAUUAGAAAUGGAGGACAACAAUAAAUCUUUACAACACAAAUUAAUUGAAAUAAAUGUAGAAAAUGAAGACUCGAAUACUAUCAAAAAAGAACAUCCAUCUGAAGACGCAAAUGCUUGUGUUUUGAAACCAAUUUCUAAUAUAGAAGAUAGAGAUACGAGAUUUGACCAACAUUCUCAGAAAAUUUUAACAUUAACUGAAAUUGAUUUUAUGCUCUUGGAACCUACGCCAAUAAAUACAAAUAGUCCCACUAACAUAAAUACAUCCCAAUCGAAGGAUGAUGAUAUUCCAAAAAUACAAGAACUUAGUAAUGAUAAAAACAUACAAGCUAUGGAAUCAAAUUCUAAUUUGACGGAAAAUGAACGCAUCGUCCAAAAUGUUGCUAUUCAAGCGGGAUAUAGUAAUAAUAUAUAUGAUCCUCUUCAAAGUUCUAAUAAUGCAAGAGAUAUAGAUGGCUGGUUGUCUCCCAGUACUAAUUUAAGAUCCAAACGACGAAAGACAGGUUGUUCGGAAAGUGCCGAUAAACACGUUGGACGAUUACAUGUCCCAUCAACAAACACUUCUAUGAUUGAAUCAAAGUCAGAGACGCGAUUCAGAGGUAAAUCGAAAGCUGGUCGUAGAACCAAUGAAAAAGGAAUAAAUUGA